AUGUGCGAGAAUCUGUUUUUACCACAACAAGAAUUGCCAGAUUUCUAUCAAUAUAUUGAUAUCGAAUCUAGAAUGGCAGAAGUUAAAUUCUUGCAUCACGACCUUUUUGUGUCGAAGAACAAAAACUGGCUCGAACGGGAAUUGAUUUUUGAUUGUGCUGUGUCAAAUGUGGAUCAAAGUCAAUCGGCAACGGCUGUCGAUGUCGUCGAUAGUACCUGUGCUGACAAUGAAACGAAUGUCGACAGUACUGGCAAUGUUUGUGAAGAAGAACCGGUUACAGCUCCGGAAGCUAACCAAAUUCUGAAUGCUCAUAUCAAGAAACGUAGAAUCGUUGCAGCCGAAUACAGAUCCCGUAAACGUCGACGCGUAGUCAAAAGCGUGAAAAAAUCGAACGUUUCUAAUCUGAAACCGUUCGAUCAAUGUUCAAGACGAACAAAAAGACGAAGAUGCGUAAAAAUGAGCGGUGAAAUGGGCGAAAAUCAAUUGAGUGCCAUGUAUCUAAGCUAUUUGCAAAGUAUUGAUAUGUCGAAUGAAGCUAAAAUCGUCAAAAAACUGAGAUCAGCGAGCCCGAACCGAAAAGCUAAAAUUCUCGCCAUGUUAGAUGAUGGUGUUGAAAUUCUACCGUACACUGCUAAUGAAGCUUUGGCACUCAUGAUGGACACACAAUUGUCAACUCAUCAGUACAGUAUAAUCCAACAGCAAGCAAAAGCCAGAAACGCAAAUAUAUAUCCGCCAUACUACAAAGUUCUAGAGGCGAAAAAACUGUGCUACCCAACGAAGGAUUCUAUAACCGUAACGGACACUGGUGUAAAUAUUGAUCUACAAGGCCUUUUGGACCACACGUCUGCAAGAUUGAUGCAAUCGAUUCAAGAGCCACACAAUGCGGAUUGUCUGGAUUUAGAAGUCCGUUACAAAUGGGGCUAUGAUGGAGCUUCUGGACAAAGUACAUACAAGCAACUUUUCCGUCGUGCUGACUCCAGUGACAAAUCCGUUUUGAUGACAUCACUUGUCCCAUUACAAGUGAAAUCAGGUCCGACUGUGAUAUGGCUCAAUCCGGCACCUUCAUCAACACGAUACUGUCGACCAAUUUCUUUCGAAUUCGAGAAAGAAACAAAAGAAAGAAACAUUGAACUGUGGAAUUUCAUAAAAAAUCAGAUCGAUUUGCUCGAGCCGAGUGCACUAUUAGUAAAUGGAAAAAAUUACAGUGCCACACACAAACUCGAAUUAACGAUGGUUGAUGGGAAGGUAGUGGAUCAUUUAACCGAAACAAGCUCCAGCAACUGUAAUAUUUGUGGGUCGAAACCUACUCAAAUGAAUGGAUUGGAGGGAUUGAAAAAGCUCGGCAUCAACGAAAAUCAUUUUCAAUUCGGACUCUCCACACUACAUUGUUGGAUACGAUUCAUGGAAUGUGUUCUCCAUAUCGCAUACCGAUUGGAAAUUGCGCGUACAGAUGCCAGAGGACCCGAUAAAGGUACUGUUAAAGAUCGAAAAACGAAGAUUCAAGAUGAUUUCAAAGAGCAAACAGGACUUCUACUAGAUUUUGUUAAAACGGGUGCAGGUACUACGAACGAUGGCAACACGGCAAGGCGAUUUUUCAAAAAUCCGAAACUGUCUGCUGAGAUCACUGGUGUGGACGAAACACUGAUCGAUCGAUUUCGAGUCAUUUUGACUUGUCUGAGCAGUGGGAAACACAUCAAUAUUAAGAAAUUCAGUGAAUAUACGAAUGCCACUGCGAAGCUUUUCGUGAAGCUUUUCGAUUGGUACAAAAUGCCACCUUCCGUCCACAAAGUACUUAUUCAUGGAGCCGAUAUAAUCAACUCUCUUGUAUUACCAAUCGGAGUUUACUCGGAGGAAGCUUCAGAAUCUCGGAAUAAAGAUUUCAAAAACAUACGAGAGCAUCACACUCGAAAAAUGAGUAGAGUCCUCACCAACGAGGAUCUAAUUCACGGGUUGUUGGUUUCAUCUGAUCCAUUGAUUUCCAGCCUUCGAACACCAUUUCUGAAACCCAACCAAGAGUUUGGGUCCGAUGUUUUAGACUUGCUUGAGUUGUGA